AUGGAUGCACUUCGGCCAGUCGCAAGCUUGCUUGCCUGCUCUUCCACCUCUCCGGCCGCCCCUAGAAAAAUCUCACCAUUCGAGAAGCCCAGUGCCAUGGUCAAGAAGGUCCGUGCGGAGUUGCAGCUCGAGGGACAGGGCACCAUGGUCCUGACACCGGCAGAUGUUGGCCUGUUGCCUCUUGGCGUUUCCAACCCCACUAGUGGAGGGGGAGACCGGCAGUGUGUUUCGUCGAUGGGAGUUCAUCGCUGCCGUCGCGCCAUGACAAGCUUCGGUACUCAGAAUUAUAUAUAUAGGACCAUGUUUGGCUUCUACACCACAGAUGGAGGACAUUCGUUUAUCCUGUCUGUAGUGUUUUUGGGAGCCCCAUCUCCAGUCAUCUGGUCUGCCAACCCCGAUAAUCCAGUAACCCGCAACGCCAUCUUGAAUUUCACCAGUGAAGGAGACUUGCUCCUACAUGAAGCUGAUGGCGCAAUAAUAUGGACCACAGAUACAAACAGCUUGUCAGUUGCAGGCAUGAGACUGGAUGAUUUAGGAAACCUUGUGCUCUUCGAUCAGAAUAACACCACUGUGUGGCAGUCCUUGGACCACCCAACUGACACUUUGGUCUUGGGGCAAUCACUUUGCAGGGGAAAUAACCUCAGUGCAAAAACCUCAAGCACAAAAUGGCCAGGUUCAAGGGUUUAUCUUUCUGCAGAGUUGGAUGGGUUGCAGUACUCUUUCAAACCAGCAGCCUACACACAGUUAUUCCAAGCUACUACAACAUCAACCAACGCAACACAAACUUGUUAUGCAUUUGUCAAUGGCAGCUCUGGGUUCCCAUAUAAGAUCUUCUCAAUACCGUUAGCAGGAUCAGUGCAGUUGAUGAGGUUAGAGUCCGAUGGGCAUUUGAGGGUUUAUGAGAUGGGGAUAUCUUACCCAGAUGGGUUUGAUGUACUAAGCAAUUUCAUGAACUUUUGCGACUACCCAUUGGCCUGUGGUGACUUUGGUGUUUGCAGUAAUGGACAAUGUUCUUGUCCUAGUUCCAACUAUUUUAGGCUCCAAAAUGAACGGCAUCCAGAUGCUGGGUGCAUACCCUUAGAAAGCAUCUCCUGCGACGAUAUGCAUGACCACAAGCUGAUACCACUCAACAAUGUCUCUUACUUCAGUUACACCACGUUCCAGUCAUUAGCCACUCGAGUCAGCUCUGAAGGUUUUUCCAUUACAUCAAUUUUUGUUUAUGCUGUCAUAUGGAAAAAAUGCAAGAAAGACGAGGAACCCCUGUUUGAUGGCAUACCAGGGAUACCAAAGCGUUUCUCCUUUCAUGAGUUGAAGGCCGCUACCAGCAACUUCUCUAUGAAGCUUGGAGCUGGUGGUUUUGGGUCGGUUUUCAAAGGCACAAUAGGCAAGGAAACCAUUGCUGUGAAGCGCUUAGAGGGUGUCAAUCAAGGAAUGGAAGAGUUCUUAGCAGAGGUCAAGACAAUUGGCAGAAUCCAUCAGCUGAACCUAGUCAGGUUGGUAGGAUUCUGUGCUGAGAAAUCACAUAGGCUCCUUGUCUAUGAGUACUUGUCCAAUGGCUCAUUGGAUAAUUGGAUCUUUCACACGAGUUUAGUUUUCACUCUUUCUUGGAAAACCAGACGUAAUGUCAUGUUGGCCAUUGCUAGGGGUUUGUCUUACCUCCAUGAAGAAUGUGAAGAAAAGAUUGCUCAUUUACAUAUCAAGCCACAGAAUAUUCUCCUGGAUAACAAAUUCAAUGCAAAGCUCUCAGAUUUCGGACUCUCGAAAAUUAUCAACAGGGACCAGAGCAAAGUUAUGACUCGAAUGCGAGGAACCCGUGGAUAUCUAGCACCUGAGUGGCUGGGAUCAACAAUCACUGAAAAAGCAGACAUCUACAGUUUUGGGAUCGUGAUGAUCGAGAAAAUCUGUGGUCGCCAAAACCUGGAUGAAUCCCAGCCAGAGCAGAGCAUCCACUUGAUAAGUCUGCUCCAGGAAAAGGCAAAGUCUGGCCAGCUAUUUGAUUUGGUGGACAGUAGCAGCGAUGACAUGAAAUCCAAUGUCGAGGAGAUCAUGCAAACGAUGAAGCUUGCAUUGUGGUGCUUGCAGGUUGAUAGCAGCAGAAGGCCCUUGAUGUCAACAGUUGCCAAGGUGCUGGAAGGAGCGGUGAGCAUGGAGGCCACACCUGACUGCAUUUUUGUCCCCAGUUUUGCAUCAAUUAAUACUGAUGUGGCAGGAUCAAUUUCCUCCUAUGUAUCAUCUGAGUCGCAAUUAUCAGGGCCUAGGUGA